UGCAGAACUCUCGAUGACCACAAGAGCAUCUUUGCGAUAUUUCCGUCGCAGAAUAUGUACACCUCGGUUUUAUGCGGGAGCCUUUCUUGCCUCGUGAAGGCAGCUAAGAAUCAUCGCGACAUCGCUGAGACACUGUCCAAAUCCAUCGCUCGGAUUUCAGAGAAGGUCACGAGAUCCUCCAAGCUCAUCCUUGUUUUCAAGACCCCGAGGGUAAGGCAAAAGCUCGCAGACAUCUAUGCCCUCAUGUUCCAGUUUUAUCACAACGCCAUGCAGUGGUACUUGCAGUCGAAGCUCACCAAAGCAUUCUGCGCCUUCGACGAAAAUCUGAAGAAGGGGUUUGACGAUACGACGAACGAACUUGAGGACAACAUCCGCGAAUUGUAUUACGAGGCCGCGAUCGGCACCCAUGCCAGGCUGGCCAUGGUGAUGGGCGAUGUUGCGUCUCUGAAGGGGGAACGGCGCCGCCAGCGACCAAACUACCCGGCACAGGAUACCGCCGCCGGGCAGCGGAUGCUCAUCCUCAUGGCAGAGAGCUGGAGGGACAACAAAUCUCCCAUACAGGCCCGCCUCGAAUUCGCCCAGCCCGGUCUCCCGACAACCGUCUCCGCAUCCCGCAUCCAAGGCCUGACCGCGGCCGGCAUAACACGCGCUCAAGCCCGCGCUCACGGCCCCGCCCUCGAGCCUUUCAUCGUCGGCGACGAAGGGCCAGCCCAGUUCGGCGCGGGCCGCUUUUGGGUUGCCGAGGACGAGGUGCUGCCCAAGUUACGAGCAUGGAUGGUCGAGGACGCGGCGCCGCGAACGCUGUGGGUGGAGAGCCCUCGCGACGCAGCUGGGACGACAAGUGCACGAGCAGCAGCGCUGGCCGUGGUUGCGGCGGCGUGGCAGGCGGAGGCGCCGCUGAUUUCACACUUCUGCCAGCGGCCGCAGCGAGAUGAGGUGCGGGCGGGCAUGAGCAUUGAGCAGGUCGGGUUGGUGGGCGUGGUGUACAGCUUGCUUUCUCAGCUGUUGCAGUUUAGCGGGGCGGAGGAUCAGUUGGAUAUCAGUGAAGAAAGCCUCGUGGCAUUGGACGGCGGAAAGGCGUCGUGGGGCGCGAGUCUGAAGGCCCUGCGGGCGCUGCUGGACCGCACGCCUGUGUUGAUGUACUGCGUGAUUGACGGACUAAAUGAUCUUGAGUGGGAGGAUGGCGGGGAUUGGUGUCGGCAGUUUUUGGAUGUCUUGCUUGCGCGUCAGCGACAAGCCGGUACGGUGUUCAAUCUUCUCCUUACGACGGCCGGGCAGUCACGGGUGCUGGCGUCGUCUAUAGAUUUGAAGAAUAGACAUCUUGCGACGAAGGGAGCAAGGGAGUUAGCAAGAGUGGGGAGGAGGAUUGAGUUAUCGAGUAAGAGAGGAUAAGCGUUCUUGAGUCAUGAUGAUAUGGGGAACAGGCAGGAUUGGGACCGGUCUGCUGGGUGAAUUGAGGAAAGAAAGGACAAGGAAAGGCAUUGUAGGUCGGAUUGAGAUAUGUUGUCUAUGAGGGUCUCUUUCGGUGACUGCGCCAACUUUUGGAGGACAACACGCAGGAUCGUAACCUUGGUCCUUUCCUUCAUAUACGUGCGAUAGAGUGAUGAAUCCAUAGUGGUCGAUAAUUGAGAUACGGCCAAAUUUCGUGAAUGGAUAGCGCCUAUUAU